AUGAUUGCAGAUGAGCCGGACAAGCCGAAGCCAGAGAAGACCCUCGUCACCUUCGAGGGCGAAAGCGAAGCAAAUCGCAUCGUCCAGGAGAUCUGCAACAAUGCCAAAGUCCAGGAGAAAGUCCGGGUACAGGUGGAGGCCAAGGCCAAGGCAGCAAGAGCUGAAAUCAGAAUGGAGAAGCUCACGGCCAAGAGGUAUAGAUACUCCUCCGGUCCCAAAGACACAGAGUUUUGGGUGAAAUGUCAGAUAAACGAGAACGACCCACCAGACUUUGUCCACGUCCUGCUAACGCAGGAGUCGCGGGUCAAGGAUGUGAAGUUGUUCGAGAGGGUUGACUCGAAGAUCCACGGAUAG